AUGCCACAAACAAGGAAGGCUUCGACUGUUGCUUCAGCAAAAAUUGCUAAAGACGCUACUAUCGGUUCACGUAAACGCAAGAAUGAUUCCAAUAAUCCUGAAGAAGAACAAGAACAAAAUAAUCUUACCACUGAAGAAACAAUUUCUCAAGAUAACGGCGUAAAUAAUAAUGUUGAUGAUUCUGAAACUCCUCCGGAUAAAAAAAGAAAGACAGAUGACCAAGAAGACCAUCAGCACAAUGGCAAUAUAGUUGAUCAUAAUGGCAAUUCCGUUGUUCAUGACUUACAAGAAAGUCAUCAUGACCAUGAUCAAGAAAUGACUGAAAAGGAACCUGAUACGAUUGAUGAUCAUUACGAAAAUGGAGAACACCACGAAAAUGGAGAACACAAGAAUAAUGGCAAUGGCAAUCUAACCUCUCAAAUUUCUCAAGAACCUGAACCUGAACCGGUUCAAAGUCAAUCUAUCGAUAUCGAUAUCGAUACUGAAAUAAAGCAUGAACUCGCAACGAAAAUUCCCGUUAAUACCCUUGAAACGGGUCAUGUCUUAUUCCUAUACAAGCCAAAGCUUGGCGUAGAUAAACCAAAUUCUAUCGAUGAUGUGCAACGAAUGUACAUGGUUCUUAUACCUAACCUCAUUCGUCCUUCUCUUGAACAAGAACCGGUUUCUAGUUUUGCCCAAAAACUUUCAACCGGUAAACUUGAGACCGAUGCUGAUAAACAAUCAAUUGGCAAAACCCGUGUAAUUAUUGUCGGAAAGAAAAAGUUACCCGAAAUUAAUAAACAUGACUCACACUUGGCAUACGUAUUGGAAGUUCCAGAGGAUCCUUUCCAACUUCAACUUGACUUUAAUGUUGGUAAAAAGGGUUCUUAUGCUCUAACCGUCAAAAAUCCUGAUGUUGCCAAUCCGCGAAAUACUGGCCUACCAGAAGAUGAGAAAGUCAAAUUCCCUGAACAUCUCAUGGAUCAUUUCCGUGGUAGACGAUUUAUUUCGCCUCCAACAACUAAUUUCUUAGAUUAUAAGGGUGCUGAAGUAUUACUUGUCGGUGCCAGAAAUGACAUAGUAGAUGAGUUAGGCCAAGAAGUCGGUGGUGAACUUGAAGAAUUUGCUGACUUGGAAUUGAAAUCCAUGGCUCCAUUCGAUGAACAAAGUAUCUUUGAAGAAUUACACCUACAAAAGGAAGCUUUAGAAAAACAUUUAAACUCUUUUGAUGAUUUAAUGAUCUUAAAGAAACAAUUUAUCCAAGAUUACGUAGAACAACAACAAACUUUUAAAAUGACUGAUAAAAAAAAUUCCAGUUCAACAAAUAAUAAGCUAAAUAAGAAGAGUAAUCAUAGAAAAACUAAGUCUUUACUUGCAAGUUCUCAAAUUAUGCAGCUUCGUUCGGAUUCGAAGCCGGGUAUUUUCAAUAAAGGAAAGGCAUCGGAAAAAGUUACAACCAAAGGAGUUCCUGAUCUGGUAUUUUCUGAAGUUGAUUUCCUCAAUUCGAGGUCGUCAAAGAAAAGUGCCUGUGAUCAAAAUGACAAUAUAAAGAAACGUGGUCGUGAUCAAAGUGACAAUACACAUUCUAAAGAUUCUAAUCGUCUAACCACUACACGAAGAGUUCGUCGUAAAGUUGACAAGAUUUUACAAUCUCAGGAUAAAGAUGAUGAUCUACUUUCAGAUGAUAGUUUGCCAUCGUUGAAUCAUAUUUCCAUUGUUGAUUCAAUUAAUUCUGCUCAAAUUCAAAGCAUAGAUAAUUCAUUCAAUGAAAAUGAAUUGUCACAAAAUAAUGAUCAUUCAUUACCUGAUAAUAAUCAUAGUCAUGCAGAUGAUAUAUCUCAAUUAGUAUCACUUGUAGAUUUAUCUCACGAUGCACCACUUCCUCAUAGCAAUUCAAAUGAUCACACUUAUCCUACCGAAUCUCCUUAUUUUGUAACGAACUUGUCGGAUGAUGGUUUACCAAAAAAUUCAGUCCAGGAUUCGGUCACUACUAUAGGUGUUCCUUCGGCUGCUGUAAAAUGGGUAUUAAAUGAACAGGGAACAACUUUAGAUGAUUCUAUCAACAAUAAACCUACACAUCAGAAAACAUGGAUAUCAGAAUCACCUCUUAAAAAUAAAAUUUCACAAUCUCCAAACGGUAGUGUACGUACUAUGGAUUUUCUUAAUGCUACAGAAAUGAAUUGUUCCUUGAUGGGUUCUCCAAAUCGAUACCCUUCACUUUCCCUCAACGAUCAUAUGCUUUCGACAUCUUAUUCUGAAACUUCCGCGUUAUACUUAAAUGAUGAUGCUUUAACACAUAAUGGUAUUGAUGCUACUGUUGAUGGAACAUAUUGGCAGACCGAUGAAGAAUAUAUUAGACAUCCUAAUUAUUAUUAUUCUUCACUAUAUGAUAAAUAA